CUCCCCCCCUCCCCUACAAACGGCUCGGAGACGAACAUGAGCAGUGACGCGCGCUCCUGUGCUCGCGCUGAACGCGGUUGUCGCUCCUCUUUUGCGAGCCGGGCGCUAUAACGGAGAGGAUUCACGCGCAGGGAAUAACAUCCACGCUUGCUCGAACAUUCCUGAGCUUAAACUCCAAUCUCAGACUAGGGAUAAAAAGUCUGGUCCUUCUUUCUCUUGCCCUUCUUCGGUGUCCUAAUUCUUUCUCCACACGCGCUGAGAUGUUCCUCCAGGCGUUAGCGCACGCCUGCGCCGGAUUGGUGGCCUGCACCCUCCUCGCCUUUGUCCCGCAGCCGGCCGCCGCAUCCCACAGCCGACUUGCACAUGAUGUGGACGAGUGUGUGGAGACCACAGACAACUGCAGCAUCGAUGCUAUCUGCCAGAACACAUAUAGAUCGUAUAAGUGCAUCUGCAAGUCUGGUUAUAAAGGAGACGGAAAACACUGUGAAGACAUAGAUGAGUGUGCGAGUGAAUAUAAUGGAGGAUGCGUCCACGAGUGCAUCAACAUCCCCGGGAACUACCGGUGCACGUGUUAUGAUGGCUUUCGUCUAGCGCACGACGGCCACAACUGCCUGGAUGUAGACGAGUGUUCGGAGGGGAACGGUGGCUGUCAGCAGGUGUGUGUGAACAUGAUGGGAAGUUACGAGUGUCGCUGUAAAGAGGGCUUCUUUCUGUCUGACAACCAGCACACCUGCAUCCAGCGGCCCAAAGUGCGCAUGAAUGGGACGAAGGAAGGUCCGACGUGCAUGGACAAAAACCACGGCUGUGCUCAUAUCUGCAGGGAAACUCCAAAAGGAGGCAUCGCCUGCGAGUGCAGACCGGGCUUCCAGCUCACCAAGAACAACCGCGACUGCAAGUUGACCUGUAACUAUGGUAACGGUGGCUGUCAGCACAUCUGUGAGGAGACAGAUCAUGGGCCACGCUGUUCUUGCCACAUGAAGUUCGCACUGCACUCUGAUGGCAAGACAUGUGUAGAGGAAAGGAGUAACCAGCACCAGCCACAUCAGCCACAGCUGUUACCCAAUGAGACGUGUGCGGUGAAUAAUGGAGGAUGUGACAGCACAUGUCACGAUGCUCUAACAGGGGUGCGUUGCAGUUGUCCAGUCGGAUUCACUCUCCAACCUGACCGCAAGACCUGCAAAGAUAUUGAUGAGUGCCGCAUGAGUAACGGCAGCUGUGAUCAGAUUUGCCGGAACACGGUGGGAAGCUUCGAGUGUAGCUGCAGGAAGGGCUACAAGCUGCUCACCAAUGAGAGGACAUGUCAAGACAUAGACGAGUGCUCAUUUGACCGUGCAUGUGACCACACCUGUGUGAACUCUCCAGGCAGUUUCGAGUGUCAGUGUCAAAAAGGCUACGUCCUGUACGGAGUCGCUCACUGUGGAGACAUCGAUGAGUGCAGUAUAAAUCGUGGUGGCUGUAAGUACGGCUGUGUGAACACACUGGGCAGCUACGAGUGUACUUGCCCUCCUGGAUACAAACUGCAUUGGAACAAGAAGGACUGUAUCGAGGUCGUGAAGUGUCCGUCCGGCCUGGUGGCACCAAAAGCAACACUCUCUUGCAGCAAGACAGGCAAAAAGGAGAGUUGUGCACUCACCUGUGCAUCCAAAGCACACUAUCUGGCAGAAUCUGACAACAGUUACACAGUCAGUUGCGGUGUCCGAGGAGAAAGCCAAAGUAGACUGAACUCCAGCAGCAGCCAGAGCUGCAUAGAGACUUUGGCUUCUCCAGUGAAGCAGACGGCCUCAUUCCGAAUCAAGAAUGCCAAAUGCCACUUGCACCCCAAACUCAGGGGACGAGUAGAAGAUGGAGGCAAGCAGAUUGGGCCAGGUGGUCAGCUCUGCACCAACUGCCAAGUCACCUUCGUCAAUCUAAAGUGCGAGUCCUCCAAGAAGACCAAAAAUCGCCACACGCGCAACCCGGCUAACAAAGAGGUCACACGUAUCACGCUGGAACUAGAAGCAGAAAUAAAGCCUGGAGACACUACUGGGAACUGUGACCUUAGCUGUGUGAGGAAACAAAUGGAGCAAAAGAUGAAGUCUUCCAUCAAAGCACUGAAAAAAUCCAUCAACCAGGAGAGGUUCCUGAUCCGUGUGGCCGGUCUGGAGUAUGAGGUCGCUCAAAAGGUCACACAAUCCGCUGAUAAACAGGAGCACUGUGGCCCCGGGAGAGAGAGAGACAGCGGCCGAUGUGUCAGAUGUUUGCCCGGUUCUUAUUAUCACGGCGAGACGGAGCACUGUGUGCAGUGUCCUCCCGGAACCUUCCAGGAGCGUGAGGGUCAACUAGCCUGUGACCUUUGCCCUGGAGGAGAUCGCCACGGCUCACCGGGUGCCCGUAACAUCGCUUCCUGCUCAGGUAAAUGUGCACCAGGAUAUUACUCCAGUGAUGGGUUUAAACCGUGCCAGCCUUGCCCUCGUGGCACAUACCAACCUGAUCAUGGAAGAACGCUCUGUUUCCCUUGUGGAGGUGGCCUCGACACGAAGAGGGAGGCAUCCAGCUCCUUCCAUGACUGUGAGGUCAAAGUAUCUUGUCCUCCUGGACAUUAUUACAACACGUCCGUGCAUCGGUGUAUCCGCUGUCCUGUGGGAACAUAUCAAACAGACUUCAAACAGAACCACUGCAUCUCCUGCCCUGGAAAUACCACCACAGACUUUGAUGGUGCUACCAGUGUAUCUCAGUGCAAGAACAGAGAAUGCGGAGGUGAAAUCGGAGAAUAUAUCGGCUACAUCGAGUCUCCAAACUACCCGGGAGAUUAUCCUGCUAAUGUGGACUGCAUCUGGACCAUCAACCCUCCGAGUAAGCGUAAAAUCCUCAUCGUGGUGCCGGAGAUCUUCCUUCCUUCCGAGGAUGACUGUGGAGACGUGUUGGUGAUGAGGAAGAACUGGUCGGUGACCUCCAUAACCACGUACGAGACGUGUCAGACGUACGAGCGGCCCAUCGCCUUCACGGCUCGUUCACGGCGCCUCUGGAUCAACUUUAAAUCCAACGACGUGAACAGCGCACGUGGCUUCCACAUCCCCUACGUCACAUAUGACGAGGACUAUGAGCAGCUGGUUGAAGACAUCGUGAGAGAUGGAAGACUUUAUGCCUCAGAAAACCAUCAAGAAAUCCUGAAGGACAAAAAAUUAAUCAAAACGCUCUUUGACGUCCUGGCGCACCCCAAUAACUACUACAAGUACACGGCUCGGGAUUCGAACGAGAUGCUGCCGCGCUCCUUCAUCCGACUGAUCAGCAGCAAAGUCUCGGCCUUCCUCCGGCCGUACAAGUAGCCGCUGACGCUCGAUGGAUUUAUGUUCUCGACUCUGACAGCAGGCUUCAGUCUACAGGGUUCGGCACACGCUUUGUUUAAAAAUCCAACCAGGCUUUUGACUUUUUACUCGCUUCACUAUGCACAUUCGGUUUUGAAUUUCUGCGCUGUUUAUUUGUAUCGUUCCUUUCCGAUAAGAAGAGGCCGAUUUGGUGAAUAAUUGUAUCACACAUUUGCAUCAUCUGAGGUGUUUUUUUUUUUUUUGUGCUUUUAGGACGUCAUCACCACACUGUGCUGUGCUAUCUAUCAGGAUAUACAACGUAGGAUGUGUAAUAUUCCCAUGAGCAACAAAAUCUCCUUGAUCUGAUCCCUAAAUUGUCCUUUUUUUGGUUUGACGUCUUGUAUAUGACCGGAACGUGUCCUUAAAGACACCACUGAUGUCAUUUUUAAGCAUCUUUGUGCUCACGGGAAUAUCGCACUGGGAAAGAGUUGUGUAGUUUGUGUGUGUGUGUGUGUGUGUGUGUGUGUGUGUGUGUGUGUGUGUGUCGUUCUGUCAAUAAGUACGACAUGAGCUGAGCUUCUGCUGUUUUGUGAAGCACCUCAUCAGAUCGUCCGUAUCUCCGUCGUAUUCCCAUCUUUUCCUGUCACAAGCUUCACUCCGUGUCAUUAGCGUCAUCGCGGCUCAGCUCUAUAAUCUUUCCACCACGCUGUAAAAACAGUACGUUCCCAUCUGCGGACGUCGUAUUACUAGUUUUUGGUGUUUCAUAUACGUUUACGGCCAUAUAUCGGCGUGAAUUUAACGAGGCGUAGAAUACGUAGCGCAUUAUUACGAGACCGAAACGUUAGAGCGGCGGUGAGGGACAGAGUUUACUGUAUAGCGAGCGGUUCUGCAGAGAACGCGGCUGGGAUGCAGUUUGGUUUUUGUUUGUUUGUUUGUUUGUCGGUUUGUUUUCUUUUGCAGGACAUGCGAUUGCUGCUUCUUCAAUUAUAAUAAAAAUAAUAAAAAGUCACUUUAAAUUUGCUCUGAUAAAUAAAUUCAAGCCUUUUGAUCCAAAGGACCUCAAAGGGAAAUCCCACCUUAAUAUGUAUUGUUUGCAGACCUCCAUACAGUGUAGAUAGGCGUUAGGCUACCGGUGAUUAGAACCGACCGUGACUUUCGACCCCUCGAGUCGAGUUCUCACCGCAGGGUGUGUGGUCUUCACAGGGAGUAAUAAAGCUCUUUUGAUUUCUAAAACAGACCGAAUGCUGGCUGGAAAAUCUCCACCGUGAAGAAACGGCGGCCCGCACGACCGUUUUAUUAUUUAGUUUGUUUGUUUUUUCAGAUCAAGAAACGUGUUCGAUAUUAACACAAAUGCCCACUCAGAUGCUCAAUAUUCACAGCAUGGAUAUGACACACCGACGUGUCAUCAUCAUCAUCAUCAUCAUCAUAAUGUAGGAUACAGUUUAGCGUAUGCCUGUGGACGCCUGCACCCAUCGUACACGAACUCCGAACACGUUAUGCGUGCCUUACGAAUGUGUUUAACGUUCCCGACGGUUAAACGGAGAGAAAAAUAAUAAUAAGAUAAAAUAUCACACACUCGAUAACACCAGGUGGCGUCUCUCCGGGUAGGAAUCAUUUUUAGUUUGUCUUAUUGUAUAUUGUAAAUAUUAAAUGAACGUAGACUAACGUCAAGUCUAAGAGCUAAAGCCGAUCCCAAAUAACAGUCUUAUUAUAUUAAUAACAUCCCUUAACGAUGUAUUAAGGGAUGAAUCUUUUAUCGCACCCUUCUGAACACAAACUCGAUUCAGCCGUGAAAAAAAAAAGUCCAAAUGGAUUGUUGUUUUUUUGUUUUAUUGUUUGUUUGUUCGUUCGAACUGUAAAGAGAAAAUAUUUUAGAAAUUUUUUUUUAAAUAAAAUACUUUUUAUGUGUUUAUAUUACAAAGAUUUUUUUUUUUUUUGCCCCCAGUUUCUCUUCCAAAGACCAUCCCAGACGUGCAAUGUUUUAUUAGUGAUUCUGCCAAAUCUUUUCAAAGAACGCACUGAGUUUGCAGUUUAUUCUUUGGACUGAAUAAACGACUCAUUCGGCCUUUGUUUGAGAAGGAAAGUAUAUAACAAACCACCCCAGACUGCCCCCCCCCCGCCCCACCUCUCAUUAUCACCCAAUAUUAGGGUAAAAUGUUGAAGUCAGGCCACUUAGUGACCCCGAAAUCGUUUCUUUUUUGUUUUGCUCACCUUUUUUACAGCAGCUCUAGGCUUCUUAUUCACCGACGUGGUGCAAAGAUAAAGUUAGACGUGUUUUAUAGCCGGCAAAAGGUUCGUCUCAGUGCAGCUGGAUCUGGAGGAAAAGGGGAAAAAAGAGUCAUUUGUUAAAAUAAAGAAAAAGAAAAAGAAAUAAAUAAAAAAAUCUUAUGGCAAAUUCGCCAGCUUUAUUGAAUGUUCAGAAAACUAAAUGCAAAAGUGUAAACAUUAUUGUAAUUUACCCUCUGUGAGAAUUUUCUGUCUUUCUUUCUUUUCCUUUUUUUUUUCCUGGCUGCCUGAAUAAUUUUUUUUUAUUAUUAUUAUUUUAUUUGAGAUUCCUUUCCUUUGAGAAACGACUUGGCCAUGGUGUUGCAUGGAGUGGGUAAUGGUAUUUGCACUUGAAAUUGUUUAUGCUCAUGUAAAAAUGUCUGGAUUUUGUAUUGUCUUUUUAAAAUGAAAGGAUUUGGUGUUCAUACAAA